UUUCACCUCCCUCCCUUCGCUUCGACUCUCUUCCUGGCCCUGGUUGGUUCUCGUUAAUCCCGUUGUUUUUGCGGUCCAAUCGCUACUAGUUCCCGAUCGUCCACAGUCUUCCCUUUCUCUGUUUUGUCUUGCUGACUUGCUGUGGCUGUGGCGGUACUGCAUAUCCUCAUUUCUUCGUCAAUUCUGGUCAGCAGCGGUUGAGUUCUGCCUCAUAUCUUCAUCUUCGCUCCUCAUUUCCUCCUCCCUCGUCUUCACCAGAUCGGUCUCUUCAACUCCUAUCUCGUCAACACCCUCCCACUCCUCCCUCCGUCCUGCAGACAUUAGACCGCCCUUCACCAUGUCGUGGAAACUCACCAAAAAAUUAAAGGAAACCCACCUGGCUCCUUUAACCCAAUCCUUUACCAGAUCCUCAUCCACAUCUACCAUCAAGGGUGACUCCGGAGAAGACACCCCUGCACUUUCUCAGACUGCAACCGUCUCGUCAAACAAUUCCAAUGGAAUCAAUGCCUCCGAGUCCCUCGUCUCCCCUCCUGUAGCUCCCGUCAAGCCUGGUAUCCUGAUCGUGACCUUGCAUGAAGGUCGCAGCUUCGCCCUCUCGCCGCACUAUCAGCAGAUCUUCAACUCCCAUUUCCAGAAUAAUGGCGCCUACGCGAUGCGCCCCAGUUCAUCAUCCUCUCACUCCACGCACGGCCAAGCGUCUUCCUUUGUGCAGAGUACCCGCCCGCAGUCCACAAGUGGAGGCAUCAAUGCCGCCCCCACUAUCCACGGUCGGUACUCGACAAAAUACCUUCCUUACGCUCUCUUAGAUUUCGAAAAGAACCAGGUUUUCGUCGAUGCUGUCUCAGGAACACCAGAAAGCCCUCUGUGGGCUGGUGACAAUACCGCAUUCAAGUUUGACGUGUCACGGAAGACGGAGCUGAACGUUCAGUUGUAUCUCCGGAACCCCGCCGCUCGCCAAGGUGCCGGCCGUAGUGAGGAUAUUUUCCUCGGCGCAGUCAAAGUGCACCCUCGCUUUGAAGAAGCCCAACCAUACGUUGACGACCCCAAGUUGAGCAAAAAGGACAAUCAAAAGGCUGCUGCUGCUCACGCCUCGCAGGAACGUCAUCUGGGCCAGCUUGGAGCAGAAUGGUUGGACCUUCAAUUUGGUACCGGUUCCAUCAAAAUCGGGGUUUCGUUUGUCGAGAAUAAACAGCGCAGUCUGAAGCUCGAGGAUUUCGACCUCCUCAAAGUCGUUGGUAAGGGCAGUUUCGGAAAGGUCAUGCAGGUCAUGAAGAAGGACACCGGUCGUAUCUAUGCCCUCAAAACUAUCCGCAAGGCGCACAUUAUUUCACGGUCAGAGGUCACUCACACCCUUGCUGAGAGAUCUGUGCUUGCCCAGAUCAACAAUCCCUUCAUUGUCCCCCUGAAAUUCUCCUUCCAGUCCCCUGAGAAGUUGUACCUGGUUCUCGCUUUCGUCAACGGCGGAGAGCUGUUCCAUCACCUGCAACGUGAACAGCGAUUUGACAUUAACCGAGCCCGUUUCUACACAGCUGAGUUGCUAUGUGCUCUUGAGUGCUUGCAUGGUUUCAAGGUCAUCUAUCGUGACCUGAAGCCGGAAAACAUUCUUCUCGACUACACCGGCCACAUUGCUCUAUGUGACUUCGGUCUAUGUAAGCUAGACAUGAAGGAUGAAGACCGAACAAACACAUUCUGCGGAACUCCAGAGUAUCUAGCCCCCGAGCUCCUCCUCGGCAAUGGAUAUACCAAGACCGUCGAUUGGUGGACGCUAGGUGUCCUCCUUUAUGAAAUGUUGACUGGUCUUCCUCCAUUUUACGACGAGAACACAAAUGACAUGUACCGCAAGAUUUUGCAGGAGCCAUUGACAUUCCCCAGCAGCGAUAUUGUCCCGCCUGCCGCUCGUGACCUUUUGACACGUCUGCUUGAUCGUGACCCUCAGCGCCGACUUGGCGCUAAUGGCGCGGCGGAAAUUAAAUCCCAUCACUUCUUUGCCAACAUCGACUGGCGUAAGCUACUUCAGAGGAAGUACGAGCCUAGCUUCCGACCCAACGUGACUGAUGCUCGUGACACCACCAACUUCGACGUUGAGUUCACCCAGGAAGCUCCUCAAGACUCCUACGUAGACGGACCUCUCCUGUCGUCAACCCAGCAGCAACAAUUCGAGGGCUGGUCAUACAACCGACCUGUUGCUGGGCUUGGAGAUGCCGGUGGCAGUGUGAGGGACCCGUCCUUUGCAAGUAUCCCUGAGUAAAUCGUUUGCAUCUUGUGAAUGGCCAACUUGGCCAAACACGGAACAUGCUCUGCUUCAAGGUACCAACCAGGAUAUAACGUUGACCAAGUUUAUCGUUGCAUUUCAGCAUUUACCUAUGCAUAUCCUGCCACAUACUGGCCACUGCUCUAUGUUCUUUUAUUGUUAUUGUGUCUCCUUUCGAACCGGAGCAUACAGAGAUAUCCUGUUUGGAUUUCUAUGUGGCAGUGAUCUCAGUUGAGCGAAUUGUGUCUUUUUUGUUCCUUUUUUUGUCGUUUGCAUUUGAGAUACAAUCAGGCAGGCCCCUACCCGUUCGUUUCCCCUUCUUCCCCUCGUACUCGGGCAAAUUUCUGUUCCUCUUUUUUUUUUUUUUUUUUUUUUUUUUUUUU